GCCUACAACAAGAUGGCUGCUCAGUGAGAGAUUGUGCUCGCCAGCUCACAGUUCCUAUCUUUCGGCUCUAAUGUUUGUAUACCUUGCUCUCAUCCAUCAAAAUAUAUAAUGAUAUCAAGCAUAAUUUCUCGUCUAGUAAUACUUCUCUUCGGUACUCUUUAUCCGGCUUAUGCGUCCUACAAAGCUGUGCGAACGAAAAAUGUCAAAGAAUAUGUGAAAUGGAUGAUGUACUGGAUCGUGUUUGCACUCUUCACAUGCGUCGAAACGUUCACUGAUGUAUUCAUCGGUUUCUGGUUUCCGUUCUACUACGAGAUAAAAAUAGUGUUGGUGCUAUGGCUGCUGUCUCCGGCGACGAAGGGCUCGAGCUUCCUCUACCGCAAGUUCGUGCAUCCCAUGCUGGCCAAACGAGAGCCGGAGAUCGACGAAUACAUUGCUCGUGCCAAAGAACAGGGUUACACCACCAUCCUCCAACUUGGAUCUCAAGGCAUGUCAUUUGCCACCAAUAUGAUAAUGCAGACUGCUAUUAAGGGUGGAGGUGGAAUUGUUAACCAUUUGAGAAAAAGUUACAGCUUGUGCGAUCUCAGCAAAGACAUCGACUUGAGGGCGGAUCUGAACCGCAACAGUAUGGGGCUUCCAGAUGAGACUGUCGAUGGCAUACGAGAGUUGCAGUGUGAGAUGCGCACACGGAGUGCGCGGCAGAAAGCGGCGGCUGCGGGUGUGGGUGGGGGUGUGGCCGGAAGUCACAUGGACCUCUACUUCCCCGAAGUCGACGUCAACAUUCGAUCUCAACACUCCAUUCCGCUCAGUCAAAUUCGAUCGACGGAUGACAUCAGUUGUGGGUACGGCGGAGAGGUGGCGGGGGAGGGCUUGGUGCGGUCAGGCUCGCUGAACACGGCGAGAGUCAGGAGGCCGAGGGACGAGGUGAUGGGUGGAGUGGGGAGAGGGCGCAUCUCCAGGCGGGGUCUCACCUCCGAGGUUCCAGUCGGCUACGCUACUUUGCCCAGGAGUACCAAGAAGCCACCCCGCAAAAAGACUCAAUGAAAUGAGACACCAUUUCAACCUUGAUCCUAAGUUGAUGUUCCAAUAAAUCGAUAAGAUAGAGAGCUUACCAUUUAGUUUUAGCUGAGUGAACUAGUAUCACUCUAAAAUGCUGUUUUAGUUUGUUUUAUCAAUUUUGUUACGCGACAAAGAUUUUAAUUUCAAUGACCAGCAGAAAACCUUUGUUGAUUUUUUUCUAGACUUGUGAUUUUGUUUAUUUACCUAUUGUUUAAAGGCUUUAUUUAUAUUUGAGUCAAAGUGUUUUAUUUUAUGUGCUAUUUAUUUAAUUUAUGAUGCUUGGAGAAGAUGAUAAGUAUAUUUGUAUUCUAUCAAUUUAUUAUUUAAAGGUCUGCUUUGGAAAUUCUUAUUUAUUUAUAGAUGGAUCGCCAUUGUAUUUUUAAUUUUAAUUGAUUGGACUCUUCAUUGUGAUGUUGAAUAUCAAUGGAUAAUAAAACUGAUUAAUAAUCUACUAUGUAUUGAUAUAAAAUUUUAACAUUUUCACAUUGUUUAAUUGGAACUGGAUUCCCUAAAAUACUGAAAAUUAAAAUCGUUCUGUAGUAUGUGUAUUGUUGAUAAUAUACUCAAAGCAAAUAUUAUAUAAUCCAAGACUGUUAUUCAAGUUAGAAUGUAAAUAAUGAUGUUGUUAUUCAACAAAGAACUGUUACGAAAAAUAUAGUUAUAAAUGGCAUAGAGAAUGCGACUGUAUUGACCCGACCGACCAUACGACAGUGCUAUCCUAUAAUAUGCAUAGGUGGAGUAAUCUAGGUCUAUAAUGCUCUAAGCAGUAAUAAUAAGAGAAGCUUUAACAUUUUUACUUUUAAUGAGACUCUAGUUGUAAAAAUGAUAAUAAUUAUUGUUCAUUUAUACAUGAAGCAGCUUUAAAGCUAUUGGUGUACUAACACGUAUUAUAAUAUUAUAGCACUUUUAGAAAAAACUUUAUAUUGUGAUGGAUAAUGAGUUCUAUUUUUGAAUGCUUGAAUGUGCGAAAUUGAAUGAUUGUCUAAUUUGAACAAAACAGAAGAAAUCGUCGAGAUAACAUUAUUUAGAAGCAUAAUCAGAGAAACGUUUUAAAAUUAUUUUCUUGUUAGUUUUCUGGAUUUCUUUGACCGUAAUAUUAAAUUAUUAUUGUUUCAGAGAAUUUGAAGUGAAAGUAAAAAUUGAGUGUAUAAAUGCAAGACAGUCAUCUAGAUGAAGUGUUUAAAUUUCACGCAUUUGAAAAUUGCGUAUAUCUAUGCAUUAAAAAUAAGUUCUUUAUAUUUUUUAAAAAUUGAUAUGCCUACUUUCUUGAGUUAGGAAAAGAAUUUCUAAUCACUUGAAUAAGUAUUAUCAUAGAGAAAGAAUACGCUGUAGGCUAUGCUUAUUCUAUGGUAUUAUUAGAAUAGAAAGAACCAUUUGCACCUAGGUAACUGGUAUUUUCACAGGUUUAGGAUUUAGAAUUCAAGGGUUCUACUAUUUAUAUAAAUGUAAAGUUCGAAUAGAACUAAGUGAUGUAUAUCAUUGAUCUUACAAUUUCCUUGUACUGAGUAGUAGAAGUAUUAUUAUUGUUUUAUGCUAAUUAAAUAAUUGUAUUACAAUUAACUAUUUAUAUGGCAAUGGAUUUGUUUUACAUAAGAAGUAUGACGGUGUUCAAUUCUAAUUUUGUUGAUUUAAGAACCCUGCUUCUUAAUUUACUUUUAGAAAAAAGAUUGUUUUAUUAUUUUCAAUUUCAAAUAUGAAUUAUGGCAAAAAAUGUCAUAUUAAUUUGAAAAAUGAUUUUUGUAUUAGAAUGUAAUUAUUUAUCAACGUAGUAUAUUUUUCCUAGAAGUAAUUCUAAUUCUUUUUUAUUUAAUUAUGUUCAGUCCUACUACAGCCAUAGAAUGAGAAUACAGAGUAUUUUAUUAGUAUUUGUGUUCUUUGGUACCACUUACGGUACCUAUAUGAUUUCUAUUGUUUUUUAUUCAAGUCCCAUAAGAUUAUUCUUAGAGAAAUCUCAUUAUGAUAUCUAAUUCUCCUUUCCUGAAUAGUUGUGUAAAAUAAUGGUAUAGUCAUUUGAUGAUGUAGGUAACUAUAGCACAGGCUACAUUCAACUUUAAUAAACGUUUAAAAAACUCACCUCAAUAUGUUUAUUCUAGAGCGAUAUAAAUGUGCUAAACCAUGAAUCUUUAAUGAUCUUUAAAAACAUUUACCUAUUUUGUUUAAAUAUUCUUUGAAAUAAUAUUAAUUCCUAAGGUCAGAAUGGAAGGAAAAUUAGACGAUGUUAAUAAUAUCGAUAUAAAAUAUGGAAAAUGUAUUUUCAUUAAGAUGUUAAAAUUGUAAUGUAGGCUACCGUACGAAAAGUGUUUGAUAUUUUUGGAUAGAGUUUAGUGAAUUUAAGAAUAGAAUUAAGAAAUCAGACAAAACAGUUGAGAAAGUAUACAAUAUUGAUUAUUGUUACAGUAGAAAAAUGCCUAAGAAUUGCUGAAGAAACAUAGUACAGUAUAAGAAUAUGAUGCCAAAAUAAUUAUUGUAGAGUACUACAGCAAAGAAAACAUAUCAUUAAAGGCUACAGAAAUUUCAGUAGAAUUUAUGAUAGCACCCAAGUUUAUUGUCUGUUUAUUUCACCAUGGAUCUAUUCCUCAAAGUCUGUUUACAAUAUUUUAUUAUAAAAUUACGUAUUAUUUUGAUUUAAAAAUUUUAUUAUUAAUACAUCGAAAUUGAUUCAAAGAUUUAGUUGAUUAUGAAAUCGGAUAAAAAAUUAAAAUAUGAGAUAAGAUAUUCAAUAUAGGCUAUAUGAAUGAUAUUUUAUCUCAUAUAACUCAUAUUUUAUGUAUACAAUUAUUUAAUACACGGAUCAAUUAAUAUGAAAAUAUGACGUCUAAAACUGUAUCUAUCAUAACUUACUAAACCACUUCUCAUUCACAAGAAAUUCCGUCUUUUACUUCCGCCCAAUGAGUUAACAAUAAUUAUUAAAGUUAAAAUAACAAUAAUAUUACAAAUGUAUUUUUGAAAAUUAAAGUACAGUAUUGGCUACAAUACAGAAAUGAUCAGGAGUCUAGUGGAUAGUAGCCUAGAAUCAGUCGAUGAAGGAACCACCUAUAUAGCUAAUUGUAUAAAGCUAAUACACUUUCAUUGAAUUUUUUAUGUAGAAUUGCACUGACUUUUGUUUAUUUUCCGCCUCUUUGCACUUUACGACAAUUAUAGCAGUUAUAGCUUAUAGGCUAAGCAAAAUUGAGAUUGAACAGUCUAUUAGCGAAUAGUAUUUAGAAAUGCAUAUCUUAUACCUACUUUGAAAAUAUUGGCUGUGAAAGAAAAUUUAUUUCAAAUGUUGUAGGCCUAUUUACAUAUAAAAUUGUCGUGGUGUCAAGGUUUGAUGUUAUUGCUCUCAUUUUAUUAUAACAUAUUAUUUAUUCUAUGUGAAUUAUACAAAUAAUUUAAUUAAAUCCCACAUAAAUAUCUCUGCUACUUGAUACAGUAAUUUUAAGUAUUGACAUUUCAGUGAAUAGUAUUUAUUGCUCUACUAAUUUUCACGUUAUAAAAUUGUAUUAUAAAAACACCGCCAAACACGAAUGCCGCAAAACAAAUUAACCAAAUUGCUUUUAUUUGUGACUAAAUUUUGAUACCCUACUUGUUGGAUAACUUUUUUCUGCAAUAUGAUUAGGAAAAUCUCAUAUUUUUCGUUGUAAAUAGGCUAGUUCAAAAUCAAAAUAUGAAUAUGAAAUAUGUCAGCCAAGCUGCCAAACUAUAUGAACUAUAGGACCUUGAGGCUACAUUCCAUUCUUAUAUAAUAUAUAACAAUAGAACAAGGGAAAUUAAAAGUGAAACUUUUAAAAAUAUACAGAUUCAUAAUGUUUUUAAAUUUACCUGUGGGAAGAUGAACGUUUGUUUAAAUGCUGAAAAAUUAAUGUUUGACAAUAUUUUGUAUACAACCAUAGCCACCUCUAAUACAGGUAGCUAUGUAUUAGAGGUGAUUAUGUAUUAGACGUGGCUAUGAUAGAACUCAUUAUCAAUAUCACAAUAUUAGAUCUACUAUGAAUGCUAAUUAAAAUUCCAUCUACAGUAUGUGGCGUAGCUGUUCUAAGUCAUACAUAAGUUAGAAUAUUAUAUAAUGUUAUUGUUAGUUAUUUAAGAAUAUUGUUGAUACGUAUAAGAUCUAGUGAAUUUGUUAACAUUUUGAGCACAAUUUUAAUUUAUUUGGUCAAGGGAAUUUUUGAACUAAACGUAAUUUGAUAGGAGAAAUUGUAAUAGUUAUGAUUACAAUCAAGGGAGUGUAAAAUCUAUUUUUCAAGUCAGUGUCCUUUAUUAGAUAUUAGAUGGAAUGUUUGUGUUUAAUCAACAUGAUUGUUUUGUGAUUAGUAUAGUAUUUACUUUUCUACCCAAGCAAUUUUUUAUUACCUAUCUGAUUUAGAAAAUCUAUUGAAUGUUUGUUUGUCCCUUUUGUAUUGAUAAAUUAUUCAACAUUUUGUCAUUUCACUCUUUGACAAUAAAAAAGUAUUAUUGAA